UGUAUCGAUAGCCGUGAUUAACAACACUUGUGAAAACUAUAAAGAAAAUAUAAGGAAAAUUUGUUUCGCCAACAAAUUCCAGGCAGGAAUAGUUAAUAACUAUUCGCGAUAAAAUCCACAAGAAAGGUUUUCAAAUCAGAAACAUGAGUGCGUCGAGUGAAGGCGGCGCGGGAGGAUCGGGAACAGGCAGCGGCGGAGGUUCAGCUCCUACCCCAUCAGCCGCAGCAACAUUGAAAACAAUUAAAAUACGCACACACCUGCAGCCCCAUGCAUCCUCAUCAACAACAUCAUUAUCAUUAUCUGCAGCGGCAGCAGCAGCAGCUGCCUCAUCCCUGGUAUCGCACACACAUCCGCCCCUGCAUCUGCGUGGCGUCAUAAACAAAUACUCAUUGCCCCAUUUGCCCUCCGCAGCACACUCCACGGUGGCCGCAAAGAUCACACACGUGAAGACCGAUGGAGCGGGCUUAAAUGUUGGCGUUGGGGGCAUCUCCAUCACUGGGACACCCAUCCUUAGCAGCGGCACCAUCAAGGUAGCCGCCAACACAGUGCAGCAGUCGUCACUGGGCGCCACACCGAUUGCCCUGAACACGGGACAGGCCACAACGGCUGCAUCCAUACGGGCCAUUGGCGCCGGUGGCCAGUCCACGCAGGUGCGUGUCGUCAUGCCCAUGAUCAAGCAGCUGGAGAAUGUCACAGCCACGGGUCGCACCCAGAUCACAGCCAUACCAGCGGCUCCGGCGCGUAGCGUCUCGAAUGCCUCCAUUACCGUCACGCGGCCCGUGACGCAGGCCACCUACCUGCCGCGUGCCAGUGUCACGGCCACGCAGAUGGGAGGCGUCGGUGUGGGCGUGAACCUCGGCUUGGCAGCAGGCCAGCGGCUGGUUACACCGUUAAGGACCACAUCCACCGGGUCGGCUACUGUGACGCCCACAGCGCCCACUGGGCUGAGCACUUCUGGGGGAUUUGUGCGCGGAACGGCGGCAACAGUGAGCCGAAGCGGCGUGGCCGUCUCCUCGCAGCAGCCAUCAACAGUGAUCUCAUCGAGCAACAACGCGGCCUGGAUGCAGAGUCCCACCGGGCAGAUGCAGCUGAUACGUGCCAUCCAUCAGCCAAGGCAGAGGAUCAUCACCACCUCGGCGGGUGUGAGCAGUGCCAGUGUGGUGACCACGGGCGUCCAAGCGCCAACAUCUCUUUCCGUCACAGCUGCACAGCCUUUGGGCCAGCAGCAGCAGCAGCAGACCGCUGGUGGUCCGCAGGCAUAUGUGGCCACGGUGCUGCCGCCGCGUCAGCAUCAGGCCACGCUAGUCUAUUCCUCGAAUGUGUCAGCGGGUGGACCCAAUGCCAAUACCCAACAGGGCCAGCAGUUUAAUCCACGCUUCGCUGUGACCACACCCACGGCAGGAGGCGUCGUCACGACCACAACGCCAGGCGGCACCACAGUGACACCCCGCCAGGUGCGACCCAUACCGCUGGGCAAGAGCUUUCCGGCCACCAAGCUGAACACGACGAGCAUCAGCAUACGAGCGCCGAGCAUUCCGCAGCUCAAUGCCAGCGUCUCGGCCUCACAGACGCCCGUGAGCGUGUCGGGGGGAGCGACAGUGGGUCCGGGACGUGGUCCGGGGCUGGGAGGAACGGCCCUAACGGCCACCAAUCUGCCCACGCGCAUCAUACAGCUGCAGCAGCAAGGACCAGGCGCUGCACAGCAGAUAAUCGGAGCGGGCGCACGCCUCGCGGGCAAUGUGAUGCUGCAGCCCUUCCUCAUGAGCACCUCAGCAGCGGCCAAGAUGGGCAUACGUCCGCCCGUGACUAUGACGGCCAAAGUGCAGCCAUCGCUGACGAUCACCCAGCUGAAUCCAAUUGGCAAAUUGUCAACGCCUGGCGGGGGCGGUGGAGCGCCCAACAUGACGCCACAGGGCGUGGGCGUGGCCAGCAUACAGGCAGUGCCCGUGCCGAGCGUCUCCGCCAGCGUGGUUAAUCCGAACUCCGUCAGCGGACAAGCCACAGCAGCGGCUGGAGGCGCCACAGUCCUGCCUCUGACAAUCAGUGGAAGAGGCGGAGGCCAUGCCCUCACGGGCACCUUAACGCCCAUCAAGAAUGCCAGCGGCAUAACCGUGGGCAAGAUGAUGAUGACGCCAGCCGUGACAGCGGGCGGAGCGAUGGGUGCGGAUCAGAGUGGAACCACAGUGACGGGCUUCCCGCGUGCCUGGAACCCAGUGGUGGCCUCACAGAGUCAACUGAUGAAGAUUGAUGACAAGGGCAGCUCUGCGACCAUUUACUACGAAUCGAUGCCAGCUUCAGCCUCCACGGGCGUCCUCUCGCUGACCACAACGACCCUCACGCAGAGCACUCAAUCGCAGGCGCAGCUGGUGAGCAGUGCAGGCGGCAGCUUGUCCGUCUCCUCAUUGCCCUUUCCCAGCCAUGCGCCCAUGGGUGUGGGUGCGGCGGGUCCUGGCUCGCAGGCAACAUUCACGGUGCUGCCAUCGGGCGCCACAGUGGGAGGAGCAGCGGCCGGGCAACCACGCGGCACCAUUGGCCAUCAGCAGCUGAUUAUACCAGCGGGUGGAAACAGCGCUCCACCACAGCACAUGGUCAUACCGCUGCACACGUCCGUGAAGGUGACCACGGGCGGGGUGAGCAGCCAACCGGCAACGAUCAGCGGCCCUGGCGGCGCCGGCAGCACACUCGUCUCCAGCUUCAUGGGCAAACGUGUGGCCGAGGGAUCGCCCAUUAGGGCAGCCAAGAACCUGGGACCGACGCUGCUCUCCAUGGCCAGCAAUACCAGCGGACCGAGUCUCGUCUCUGCCGCUGGCUCCACAUUCAAUUUGCAGCCUGUGUCCGUGUCUGUGGCAUCGUCUGUGGCCGUGACCAGCUCUGCGCUGACUGUGGAGGCGCUGGCCAAGAAGGAGCGGGAACGUGCGACACCAGCGGCUGUGGCAGCAGCAGCAGCGGUGAGAAAUUUACGCGGCGAUUCGCCCGCCUCCUCGGAUGGCUCCACCACAGUCUCGGCGAACUCGUCGCCCGGUGUGGAUCAGCAGCAGCUGCAGGAUCGCAUAGGGGAGCCCCAGGCAGCGUCUGCCCCCAGCAGUCGCGAUAAUUCCACGCAUUUUAACCCCAUCAAUGAGUUGUACUCGUCGCAUCAGUCCAUGCAGCAGCAGCAGCAGAGCCUCUCCCAUGCCUCGCUGGGCGCCCGUUCUAGCGCCUUUGUGGAUGUGCAGGCACCCACGCCACAGCAGCAGCAGCAGCAGCUGUCACAGCAGUCCAGUCUGCUGGGACAACUGCAGCAACAGCAGCAGCAGGCAGCGGCAGCUGCACGCAUGAAUGGCACCGGCAGCAGCUCCAGUUCCAGCUACGAUUGCUCCGUCAGAAAGAAGCCAAGACGCUCCACCAAUGACAGUCAACACUCCACGCAGAGUCAGGCCUCGCUUUCGCUGCCGCCACCCACUGCAGAGCCAACGGCAGCAGCCACAGCCGCUGCCUACAUGCAAAAGCACAACAAUGGUGGACUGCUGGUGGCAGCCGCUGCUGGACCCAGCAGCAGCAGCUCUACGGCGGACAUCAAUCAUCGCAGCAGUGCGCCGGCAGUGGCGGGUAACAAGGAGAAUGCCAAUCCCGUGGACUUUGUGCUGCGACGUCCGCGCAAUUGUUCGCUGCUAAAUACAUACAAGCCCACGCAUAAGCUGGCCAACAAUCAUUUCCAUCGCUAUACGGAUGUCAAGCCUCGCGAGGAGCGUGGCGCUUCGAUCAUUGAUCUGGCCAAUCAGCCAAAUGUGCAGGGAAAAAUCGCAGGCUGGAAGCUGUAUCAUUUGCGCUCCCAAAUGGAGGACUUGAACGAAUCGGAGACGUUCAGCAUGUCCAAGCUGGAGUCCAUGCUGAAGGACAUUGAAAAGAACAAGGAAAAGUUCAGCGAAAUGGAGCGAGUCAGUGAGCUGCUGAAGGGCAACAUUCAGCGCUGCAAGAUCAUCACCGAGGGCAUCAACGAGUCACAGAAUCAGAUAAUGAAAAUCUUUGAGCAUAAGCCACACGUCUCGGACAUCAUCAAUCGCUGCGCGUCGAAGCGGAACUUCAAGAAGCGCGAUAAAAUCUAAAAGUUUGCCAUUUAUAAGUGGCUUGACUUGGGGAUCCGUUGCUAUAUUUAGUUGUACAUUUUUAACUUAGGAAUAUAUUUAAACGAAACACUUUGUAAGACGAAAAACUCUUACAAAAA